GCAGAACCUUUAUGCAAUGGGAACAAAGGAAAAUAGGAAUUUUGACACAUCCUUGGGAGCUGGAGUGGCUUUUUGAAGUUCUUUAGGAUCUUUUGGAGCAACCAAGUUUGGUCUGUUUAUUGUUUUGCGACCGAGAGUCUUUGAGGUAGCAAACAAGACCUGAAAAGAGUCUGCUGUCUUCAUUCAUUUUUUUUCCUUUUUCAAAUUAUAUUUUCAAAAUUAGCUUGCUGAGCCAACGUGAUCAAAAAAGCAGCAUCAUGGAGAAAUUCAAGGCAGCCAUGGUUUUAGGUGCAGUAGGAGAUGCCUUGGGCUACAGAAAGGGCCGUUGGGAAAGGUGUACGUCGGGAAAGAUUAUCCAAGAGGAACUGGCUUCUCUGGGAGGACUGGCAGCCCUGAAACUGGACCCUGAUAACUGGCCCCUGAGUGAUGCUGUGCUGAUGCACAUAACCACAGCAGAAGCACUCAGUCCAGAUUACUGGUGUCUGGAGGACCUGUACCGAGAGCUGGUGCGUCUCUAUGUUGAAGCCAUGGUGUCUCUCCAGGGUCGAGCCCCUGAUCCUGCCACAGUGGAGGCCUGUGCUCAUCUCAAACCUCACAACUUCCUGCUUGCCUGGCAUACACCUUUCAAUGAAAAAGGGUCUGGGUUCGGUGCAGCUUCCAAGGCCAUGUGUGUGGGCAUGAGAUACUGGCAACCAGAGAGACUAGAUAACCUGGUGGAGGUCAGCAUUGAGGUUGGAAGAAUGACCCACAACCACCCUACAGGCUUCCUAGGCUCCCUGACAACGGCACUGUUUGCAUCCUAUGCUAUCCAGGGGAAGCCUCUUGUGGCAUGGGGUCGUGAGCUCAUGAAGGUCAUCCCUCAAGCUGCAGAGUACUGCAGAAAGACUAUACGACACAUGGCAGAGUAUCAGGAAAACUGGUUCUAUUUUGAGGCCAAGUGGCAGUUUUACCUUGAAGAGCGAGAGAUAGAGAAAGAGGGACAGAACAAACCUUUGUUCCCUGAUCGCUACGAUGCUGAGGAGACAGACAAAAUGUACAAGCGCUGGAGCUCAGAGGGCCGUGCAGGCCGGAGAGGCCACGAUGCCCCCAUGAUCGCCUACGAUGCUCUUCUGGCUGCAGGAAGUGACUGGACUGAGCUGUGUAAACGAAGCAUGUUCCAUGGAGGUGAGAGUGAAGCCACAGGCCUGAUUGCAGCAUGUCUUUAUGGCCUCCUGUAUGGCCUGAGCCAGGUUCCCCCAGGUCUGUACCAGAAUGUGGACAAAAGAGAACGCCUGGAGGAGCUGGGGGAGGCGCUGUUCAAGGCAUCAUCUGCAGAGAAAUGCAUAGACAAGUAAUACUGAUCUUCAGUGGCCUGAACUCCGCUGGCUAGCAGUGACACUGCACAUGACUCUGGCACUGCUUCCCUCUGUCUCAUACUACCCUAUAGUAUCUCAGUAGUUUUAAAUACUAUCCCACCUCGCCUUACUACUUUUGUCCUGAUAUCCUUGAUUUUCCCUGGUUCAGUAAGUACAGAUCUGUCAUGAGUAACCUUUUAUUGUGGGUCAGACCAUGCAGUGUACAAAGCUGACAGGAAUGCUUUGUGUAGGAUCAUCAU